AUGGAAACAUUUCAACUCAGCAGUUUGCACAAAAAUGGAGACAUAAUGAUCGGAGGGAUUUUUGAAGUUUCCUACAGAACAGUAAUUCAGGAAUUAUCAUUUACUUCUAAACCAGGUCAAUGGGUUUGUGAAGGUUUUGAUAUAGCAUUAUUUCAGACGGCACAAGCUCUGGUUUUUGCAGUUGAAGAAAUAAACAAUGACACUCAACUCCUUCCGAAUGUAAAAUUGGGCUACACUCUAUAUGACAACUGUAUGAGGCUGCCAGUGGCUCUCAGAGGAGCAUCAGCUCUUACUCUUGGAAUGAAGGAAGAUAUAACAGAAAACUGCAAAGGGCCUCCCCCAGUUCUGGCCAUUGUCGGUGAUCCCACCUCAACACAUUCGAUUGCCAUAUCUAGGAUUCUAAGCCUUUUCCAAAUACCAAUGGUGAGCUAUUUUGCUACUUGUCCAUGCCUGAGUGACAAAUGGGAAUACCCGACUUUCUUUCGAACAAUACCCAGUGACACAUUUCAAAUCAAAGUAAUCAGUGCUAUCUUCAAACAUUAUGGCUGGACCUGGGUUGGCAUCAUAGCAGCGGAUGAUGACUAUGGACAGUCUGCAAUAAAAGCUCUUAGUGAAGAGAUAAAAGAUUUUGCUUGUAUUGCUUUCUCUAUAACAAUUCCUAAAAUCAAUGAUAUUGAUAAAGUUCGUCACGUAACCAAAAUGAUAAAAGAAUCAAGUGCAAAAGUUAUAGUGGUGUUUUCACCUGCACCAGACUUCAGCACAUUGGCAGAUGAAAUAAAUCAGCAGAACAUUAUUGGUCGGCAGUGGAUUGCUUCUGAAUCUUGGAGCAAUUCAUAUGAUUUGUUUGAGAAAUACAACUUUAGUACAUUUGGUGGGACAUUAGGUAUUACAAUUCACAAUGGGGAAAUGCCAGGAUUUCAAACCUUUUUGCAUGAGGUUCAGCCUACUUCAGAUCCUAAAAAUAAUUUAAUUCUACAAUUUUGGGAAACAAUGUUUGAUUGUAAAUUUAAAGAAAAUACAAAUGAGCAGAAUUCUACUAGUUUGUUGGAAGGAAAACAAUGCACGGGAAAAGAAGACAUAAAAGGAACAAAAACGGCUUACACAGAUGUGUCUAAAUUAAGAGCCUGUUACAAUAUUUAUAAAGCAGUGUAUGCCAUUGCACAUGCUCUUCAUAAUUUGUUAACUUGUGAAAAUGGAAAUGGCCCAUUUGUGAACAAAUCGUGUGCAGACAUCACAAAUAUGCAACCAUGGCAGCUUCUUCAUUAUUUGAAGAAAGUCAAUUUCACUACUCAUAUAGGAGAACGAGUGGCUUUUGAUGAAAAUGGAGAUGCCCUUGCAAUUUAUGACAUUGUUAACUGGCAACAAAGUGACCAUGGGACUCUAAAGACAGUAACGGUUGGUUUCUAUGCUGAAUCUGCUCCAGCUGGUCAUGAACUGUCUCUUAAAGAUGAUGAUAUUAUUUGGAAUAUUAAUACAGGAAAGAUUCCUGAGUCUGUCUGCAGUAAAAGCUGUCAGCCUGGCACAAGAAAAGCCACUAGGGAAAGAGAACCAGUCUGUUGCUUUGACUGUAUACAAUGUGCAGCUGGAGAAAUCAGCACUCAAGUUGAUGCUGUUGAGUGCAUCAAAUGUCCAAUUGAAUUCUGGUCAAAUGUUGGAAGAAAUGAAUGUGUUCCAAAAGAAAUUGAAUUUCUGUCAUUUGAAGACUCCAUGGGCAUUACUUUAACAGCAACAGCGGCAUCAGGCGUUUGCUUGUCUGUAAUUGUUUUAUCCGUUUUCAUUCACUACAGACACACUCCGGUGGUGAAAGCCAACAACUCAGAGCUGAGUUUUCUUUUGCUAGUUUCAUUAACUCUGUGCUUUCUUUGCUCUUUAUGUUUUAUUGGCCACCCAACAGAGUUAACCUGUAAACUGAGGCACAUAUUGUUUGGAAUCAGCUUUGUUCUCUGUAUUUCUUGCAUUCUAGUAAAAACAAUUGUUGUAAUAAUGGCAUUUAAAGCUACUCUCCCUGGCAAUAAUAUUAUGAAAUGGUUUGGAGUCAUUCAGCAGAGAAGCACAGUUUUCUUCUUCACAUUUAUUCAGGCCCUAAUAUGCAUAAUAUGGCUUACUGCAUCUCCACCGCUUCCAGCUAAAAACAUCCAGUAUCAAAACUCAAAAAUCAUAUUUGAAUGUGAUAUUGGCUCAGUAACUGGAUUCAGCUGUUUGUUGGGAUAUAUUGGUUUACUAACCUGCAUCUCAUUUUUAUUGGCUUUUCUGGCAAGAAACCUGCCAGACACUUUUAAUGAAGCUAAAUUCAUCACAUUCAGCAUGCUGAUCUUCUGUGCAGUCUGGAUAACAUUCAUACCUGCCUAUAUUAGCUCACCAGGAAAGUACACAGUGGCUGUCGAAAUAUUUGCUAUUUUGGCCUCAAGUUUUGGCCUCCUUUUUGCAAUAUUUGCUCCUAAGUGUUUCAUUAUUCUUAUCAGACCAGAACUUAACACUAAAAAAGCCCUAAUGGGCAGAGAUUCUGAAAAGCAAAUUUAA